AUGUCUCCUGCACUCACACCGCAGCACCCAGAGGAGGUUAUGGUGACCCGCGAGUUGGAGGGGCAAAAUAUUAUUACAUGUAGCUUGCCAUUUUCGCGGUUCGGGCUUCUGAGAAUUGGGGGUCGGGGCACGAUCGUUCGCAUGGCGUCCGGUUCCAGCAUCGUCUUCUCCCCCGUUGCGCUGACAGAGCACAUCAAGGGGCUCAUCACUGCUCUCAACUCCCCGAUUAAGUACAUCAUCGCGCCGGAUAUAGAGCACCAUAUCUUCCUCAGCGACUGGAAAGAAGCCUACCCAGACGCAAAAGUCAUCGGACCUCACGGCCUAAAGGAGAAAAGAGAAGCAAAUCCCAAGACACGAGGUACCUCGCAAAUUGAUUACAUAUUCAAGCCGGAGAACCGGCACAAUCCAGAGAUCUUUGAUGACUUCAACGCCGAGUUCGACACGGAAUACAUCCCAAGCCAUCCAAACCGGGAGAUUGUUGUUUUCCACAAACCAACCAAGACCUUGCUUCAAGCUGAUCUGUUCUUUAAUCUGCCCGCCACGCAGCAGUAUGAAAAGGUGAAAGGUGGUGAACAUCAAGGCAUUUUGACAAAGAUGUUUAUGCCGGUUUCGACUACGAAAGGCGACGCAAUUUGGCAAAAGAGGUUUCUUUGGUAUAUGAUGGCCAAGAAUCGGGAUGAAUGGAAGGAAUCAGCAAGGAUCAUUGAUGGGUGGGGAUUUGAGAGGGUGAUUCCUUGCCACGGCGAUGUGAUAGAGACGGGCGGGAAGAUGGUGUUUCGUAAGGUGUUCGAGUGGUUUUUGGAUGGGAGACAGUAAUUGGA